AUGUAUAUUUAUAUUUCUUUUUUUUUUUUUUUUUUUUUUUUUGAUGAAACGUUCUUGCGAAGAACUGAGACUGCUGUAGGGGAAAUGACAGGGUGGAACCAAAAAAUGGCGAGGGCGGCCUUCCGUCGCUCGAAGUUUCGUCGCCUUGCCUGGGGGGAUGGUGAUCCGUACCCGUACACCCCGCGGGCGACAUUCCGCUACCAGUGGGACGAUUGGCCCUUGUGGGAAAAAAUAUGGCAUCUCGCCAUUGGCAUCAUAGGUGUCGAGUUUUCCGUGUGGGCCUACUACUCCAAACUGAAUAGCCGAAUGGAUUGGGCCCGCGAAGAGGCUCUGCGCCGCAUGCGACUAAGACGUGAAGCUCAGGAGCUUAUGAUUUUGGAGGGAGAAAAGUUUGAUAGUGAUAUUCAGCCGGACCGUAGAUAG